AUGGUAAUGGCGUACAAGGCGUGUGAAAAGCGAUGGAAGCAUGCGACAAAUGAGGACCUUACGCAUGACUUGGCGCUGCUAGACCCUCGUAAUCUAAGCAAGGAGCAACAGGCGAAAGUGCAGCAAAUCGGGUCCUGGAAAUGGGAUUCGAUGGACGAGGAACGACCCGUGCUGUCCUUUGACGGCUAUGGCACACCGCUUCGUGGGUUCUGCAUGAUACCCAACGCUCUUGACGCCAAGACACAGCUUCAACUCGCUCGUGCCUGUCUGACCGAGUUUACAGAGGAGCCGCACGUAACUAACAUGCACCUGCAGAACCAAGGAGUGGUCGACAUCUGGCACAAGGCACGCGAUUCACAUCCGCAGGAUCCGGCAGCGUCUCCCUUGCUCUCGAAGUUAUGCUGGGCGGUUUCAGGCUACCACUACGAUUGGACCGCGAGGAAGUAUCACAAGGAAAGUUUCUCUCCCGUACCCGAAUUGCUACAGCAGCUGGGUGCAAGAAGUGCCGCCGCGUGCGGUAUGACGUUGACGGCUGAGGCUGUGAUCGUUAACUACUACAAGACCAAGUCGUCCAUGGGUGGACAUCGGGACGAUGUCGAGUACACGAUGGAUUACCCUGUGGUGUCAGUGUCGCUUGGCUGUCGAUGUGUGUUCCUCAUGGGCGGUCACAGGAAGGACGAUCCUCCACUGGAGUUGCUGCUACAAAGCGGGGACAUUGUCGUUAUGGGCGGGGAAUCGCGGACGUGCUACCACGGCGUGGCCCGCAUACUGCCUACUCCAUUCAACAUUGCGAGCGAGGAUUUUGAUACGCUCUUCGACGAUGAAGAAGAUCGCAAGGAGUACGAGGCAGUCGAAAUGUACCUGAACUCCCAGCGCAUUAAUAUCAACGUGCGGCAAGUGUAUCCAACCGAUCUUUCCACAGAUUUAGUAACUGGUAAAUGA